CAGCCUCGAUCAGUGACAAAAUGGCAAUGGAAUGUUGGUUCUCGCAUAGAAUUUUGUGAUGUUUUCGUAGUGUUUUUUAGUGGGCUUGCUUUAGCGGAUUAACGAGUGAACGAUGCGGUGCACCUGAUGUUGAUGGAUAGUGUGACUAGCUCGGAUUAGAACGGCGUAUCAGGAUCGCACCGAAAAUGGGAAACGUUUUACAUUUAUGAGGCAGUAAUAUUUUAACAAUAGGUCCGUUUUUUGGUUUUGAGAGAAUGUAAAUGCGAGGAAUUCCAAGCGACUUAAGUGCAAUGAGUUGGCAACGUUGUAGUGGUAUGGCUUUGGGAUGGAUCGUGGUGAUCUGUUUGUGGCUCGGAGGAUGCUCUGCGGUGAUGCCAAACGGCGCCAAGGAGUACGUAAUCCAUUGGAACUCCUCGAACCCGAUCUUUCGCAUCGACAAUACGGACAACGUGAUCGACGUAAACAAGGAUAACACAAAGUUUGAGUACGACCAGGUAAACCUGAUCUGCCCGGUGUACAUGCCCGAGACGAAGGAGGACGAGAUGGAGAAGUACAUCAUAUACAACGUGUCCAAGGAUGAGUUCGACACGUGCCGGAUCACGAAUCCGAACCCCAGGAUAAUCGCCGUCUGCGAUAAACCCUUCAAGCUGAUGUACUUCACGAUCACCUUCAGGCCGUUUACGCCGCAGCCCGGUGGUCUGGAGUUCACACCUGGAAAGGAUUACUACUUCAUAUCCACGUCCACGGCGGACGACCUGCACCGGAGGAUCGGCGGCAAGUGCACGACGCACAACAUGAAGAUCGUCUUCAAGGUGUGGGCACCGACGCACGAACCAACAACAAGAUCUCCGGUGAGCGUUGCAAGACCGAUCUGGUCCUCGCAAGUGCCACCACAACGCACCACCUAUAUCAUGACGACAACCACGACGACCACGAAACCGCCGACGACCACGAAGAAGUCCAAAACCUACCACAAGCACCCCAACGAAGUCGUCAAAAGUGAAGAACUUACUCUAGGUGGUAGUAAUUUAAAAUUGAAUUUAGUGCUGCUAGGUGCUAUGCCACUGGUGCUGGCACUGCGAUGAAAAUCACGUUAGCAAGAAGAAAACAAAACAACAACAAAAAAAAUAAUAAUUAUACAUUAUUUAAGCGAAAAGAAAAUUGGAACCACUGCAACGCGCAGAGUAAUUGGUUUUCCAUUUUCCUUUUCGCUUUCCCUAGAACUAUUUGUUCCCAGCAAAUACGAAUUAAACAAAAAAAGGCAAAAAAAAGUAAAUACCCGAAGGAACGCCGGCCCCGGCCGCACUUGUAUUAAGGACCAAUUCGAGACGUGUAUAUGUUUAAAACUCCACCCCCGCCCCCCAAAUUUUGCAAUGUUUUUGUUUUUACGGAACUGAAACCCCACCUCCCGCCCUUCGCGCCACGAAGCACUCAACAGUAAAGGACAAUGUGUGUCGGUGACAACAACAACAAAAAAAUGUAUUUGUAUAACUGUGAAAGACUGAAAAAUUAGUUUUU